AUGUCUUCCAAUCACCUCGCGUCCUGCAUAUUCUGCAAGAUCAUCAAGGGGGAAAUACCGAGCUUCAAGCUCAUUGAGACUGCGACCUCCUUCUCGUUCCUUGACAUCGGCCCUCUCGCGAAGGGUCACUCGCUCGUGAUCCCCAAGUACCAUGCCGCUAAGUUGCACGAGCUCCCUGACGAGUACCUCGCCGACUCCAUGAUCAUCGCGAAGAAGAUCGCUGCAGCUCAAGGUCUCGAGAACUACAACCUGCUCCAGAACAACGGCCGCAUCGCACACCAAGAAGUCGACCACGUCCACUUCCACGUCAUCCCCAAGCCCUCCGCCACCGACAAAGAAGGCCUCGUCGUCGGCUGGCCAGUGCAGGAAAUCUCGAAGGAGGACCUGGCGAAGUUCCACGAGGAGCUCAAGAACAAGCUUUGA